AUGACUGCAUCGUUGUGCCAGGUGCAUUCUUUGCGCCGUUGGGGCUUGGGUUUGGUAGCUGCAGCGUUGGCAGCUCUGGGGCUCCGCAAUCAACCAGCCAAGGCGGCCAGCUUUCCUGUACAAGGAAACGAGGACAUCAUGAAACCCAAAGCGCACGGAUCCACUGAAUUUCCCGUACAAGAGGUUCUGCGAUGGAAGGUUGACCGGGCAACCGCAGACAGGAUCUGUUCCUACAACCGUCACUUCGCAGAAUACGCAGGGUAUUGGAGUUCCACUAAUUUCCUGAAAGAGGCUAGCCGUGAGGGCGAGACCUUCUAUGACUCGGUGUCUGGAAAACCAUUGUUUGUAGCACCAACGGGGAGGAGCUGGAAGGACUUUGAGAAGGAGUCAUUUACUCAUGGCUGGCCAUCUUUCAGGGACGAGGAAGUGAAUUGGGAGAACGUUCGUUGUUUGCCUAGUGGUGAAUGCGUUUCAGUAGACGGCACACAUCUUGGUCACAACAUCCCAGACGCCAAAGGAAACCGCUACUGCAUCAACUUGGUGUCUGUUGCUGGGCUACCGCCAACUGUCUGA